AUGGCUGUGUCCUGGAGGAACUGGCUGGCCAACGAAGGGGUUAAACACCUCUGCCUGUUUAUCUGGCUCUCCCUGAAUGUUUUGCUUUUCUGGAAAGCCUUCCUGCUGUAUAACCAAGGGCCAGAGUAUCACUACCUCCACCAGAUGUUAGGGCUAGGAUUGUGUCUAAGCAGAGCCUCCGCAUCUGUUCUUAACCUCAACUGCAGCCUUAUCCUUUUACCCAUGUGCCGGAUGCUCCUGGCUUACCUACGAGGAUCCCAGAAGGUUCCAAGCAGGAGAACCAGAAGAUUGUUGGAUAAAAGCAGAACAUUCCAUAUAACCUGUGGUGUGACUAUAUGUAUUUUUUCAGGUGUGCAUGUGGCUGCCCAUCUGGUGAAUGCCCUCAACUUCUCAGUGAACUACAGUGAGGAUUUUGCUGAACUGAAUGCAGCGAGAUACCGAGAUGAGGAUCCUAGAAAACUUCUCUUCACAACUGUUCCUGGCCUGACAGGGGUCGGCAUGGUGUUGGUGCUCUUCCUGAUGGUUACAGCUUCUACAUACGCAAUACGAGUUUCCAACUAUGACAUCUUCUGGUAUACUCAUAAUCUCUUCUUUGUUUUCUACAUGCUGCUGAUGUUGCAUGUUUCAGGAGGGCUGCUGAAGUAUCAAGCUAAUUUAGAUACCCACCCUCCUGGCUGCAUCAAUCCUAAUGGAACCCGCUACCAGCAUGUUCACUUACCAGACCAUGGCUUGGAACAUUUUCAUGAAUCUUUCCCUGGAGGACCUUCAAAACCAGAUGAACUUACCCAAAACAGAUCCGUGAACAUUUGUAUGGAAGAGCCCAGGUUUCAAGCUAAUUUUCCACAGACUUGGCUUUGGAUUUCUGGACCUUUGUGCCUGUAUUGUGCUGAAAGACUUUACAGGUGUAUCCGGAGCAAUAAACCAGUUACCAUCAUCUCGGUCAUAAGCCAUCCCUCAGAUGUCAUGGAAAUCCGAAUGAUCAAAGAAAAUUUUAAAGCAAGACCUGGCCAGUAUAUUAUUCUACAUUGUCCCAGUGUGUCUGCGUUAGAAAAUCAUCCAUUUACCCUUACAAUGUGUCCUACUGAAACCAAAGCAACAUUUGGGGUCCACCUUAAAAUAGUAGGAGACUGGACAGAACGGUUUCGAGAUUUACUACUUCCGUCAUCUAAUCAAGACUCCGAGAUUCUGCCCUUCAUUCAAUCUAGAAAGUAUCCCAAGCUAUAUAUUGAUGGUCCAUUUGGAAGUCCAUUUGAGGAAUCGCUGAACUACGAGGCUAGCCUCUGUGUGGCUGGAGGCAUUGGAGUAACUCCAUUUGCAUCAAUACUCAACACCCUGCUGGAUGACUGGAAACCAUACAAGCUUAGAAGAUUAUAUUUUAUUUGGGUGUGCAGAGACAUCCAAUCCUUCCGUUGGUUUGCAGACUUACUCUGUGUGUUACAUAACAAGUUUUGGCAAGAGAACAGACCUGACUAUGUCAACAUCCAGCUGUACCUCAGUCAAACAGAUGGGAUACAGAAGAUAAUUGGAGAAAAAUAUCAAGCACUGAAUUCAAGACUUUUUAUUGGACGUCCUCGGUGGAAACUUCUGUUUGAUGAAAUAGCAAAAUGUAACAGAGGGAAAACCAUUGGUGUUUUCUGCUGCGGACCCAAUUCAAUUUCUAAGACUCUUCAUAAACUGAGUAACCAAAACAACCCAUAUGGGACAAGAUUUGAAUACAAUAAAGAAUCUUUCAGCUGA